AAGGUCUCUGACAGCUCAGGAGACACCAAGGAGACAACAGCAGCUGUUUCUGCCAUUGAUUGGUUACAGUAAAAGAAGACAGUAGAAUCCCAUCAUUGUGCUGUGCACAAGUCAUACCAGUCAUUAUAAGAAAACCAUAUCUGAAAGAUUUAAGACAACACUAAAUAAGACAACAUGGCAGCUGCACAUCGCCUAGUGAUUGUACGUCAUGGAGAAAGCAGCUGGAAUCAGGAAAACCGUUUCUGUGGCUGGUUUGACGCUGACUUGAGUGAAAAGGGCUUACAGGAAGCAACGAAUGGAGCCAAAGCACUCAAAGAUGCCGGCUUCCAGUUUGAUGUGUGCUACACCUCCGUCUUGAAGAGGGCUAUUAAAACUCUGUGGACUAUUAUGGAAGGAACCGAUCAGAUGUGGCUGCCCGUUAUUCGGACCUGGCGCCUCAAUGAGCGCCACUACGGUGGACUCACCGGACUCAACAAGGCAGAGACAGCUGCUAAACAUGGAGAAGAACAAGUCAAAAUCUGGAGACGAUCCUUUGAUAUUCCACCACCUCCAAUGGACAAGGACCAUCCUUUCCACCAGAUUAUUAGCAUGGAAAGACGUUACGCAGGAUUAAAAGCUGGAGAGUUACCUACUUGUGAAAGCCUCAAGGACACCAUUGCCCGUGCCUUGCCUUUCUGGAAUGAGGAAAUUGUACCUCAAAUCAAGGCUGGCAAGAGGGUUCUAAUCGCUGCCCAUGGAAACAGCUUGAGGGGCAUUGUCAAGCAUCUUGAGAGCAUGUCCGAUGCGGCCAUCAUGGAACUGAAUCUCCCCACUGGAAUUCCCAUUGUGUAUGAGCUGGACAGCAAUCUCAAACCCAUAAAGCCCAUGCAAUUCCUUGGGGAUGAGGAAACGGUGCGCAAAGCCAUGGAAGCUGUGGCAGCCCAAGGAAAAGUUAAGAAGUAAAUAAGAUGACGCUGUGCACUAACAACUUAAGAAUAAAAAAGCCCCAGAUGAACCAUGUUCCAGAACUGAAAUUACAUUUCCUUUUGAGAAGAUAAUCCCACCAAACAUAUUAUGAUGCAGUAAGAAAACCUCUGCAAGAAUGAAACCCUUGUGAACCUAAAGCUUCAGCACAUUAGCCCAAUGUCUUCUGCUUGUAGAACAUUGUGACCACUGCCAGCAAGUAAUUUCAACAUCCGUUACUGACAGAUGACCACUUUAUGUCCAAGGAAAACAUCCUGUUUGAAUAUAGUAAUUGUUUGUAGCUGUCUGCAUGUAUAUACAGUAUAGUGAAACUAAGCCAACAUCACCCUGAUACAUUUUCUGUGCCAUUUAUAGUAGAACAUAUUUAGACAAAAUUCAAUAUGGAAUUCUUUAUCUGUUAUAAUGAGCCAAAAUUACAUUUUUUAAAAUAAAUAUUAAUAAACCAACUGGGGUAACAUUU